ACCCCAGAGUUUCGGUGGUUUCCGGGGACGCUCUUUCUUUCUUCUCGCUGGAAAGUUGGAGGACCGGCGAGGGGUUGUUUGAGGUGCCGGCGGGCGGGCCGCGGCAGGCGGACUCUCCUUCCUACACCUCUUUGGUGCCGGGAGGCGGUCCGCUGGGCCGCUUUCCGCGCCGCUGUCGCUCUGGGUCCGGCUGACUCACGUGACCGACGCGGACUCUGGAGCGGCUGGCCGCACUGAGGAGGAGGAGGAGGAGGCGGUGGCGGCGGCGGCGGCGGCGGUGGCAAACGCAACCUGGGAGGUAGCGGCCUGGAUAGGGACCGGCCGGCUGCCCUCUCCGAUAAACGCGGCGGAGAGAAAAAUGGCGGAGGCUUCGGCGGCCGGGGCGGACACGGGCGCCGCUGUAGCCGCGCACCGAUUUUUCUGCCACUUUUGCAAAGGCGAGGUUAGCCCCAAACUACCGGAAUAUAUAUGCCCCAGAUGUGAAUCAGGCUUUAUUGAAGAAGUGACAGAUGAUUCCAGUUUUUUAGGUGGUGGCAGCAGCCGGAUAGACAAUAGCACAUCAACACAUUUUGCAGAGCUCUGGGACCAUUUGGAUCACACGAUGUUUUUCCAAGAUUUUAGACCAUUUCUAAGUAGCAAUCCACUGGACCAAGGUAAUAGAGCCAAUGAGAGGAGUCACCAAACUCACACUGAUUUCUGGGGACCAAGCAGGCCUCCACGGCUGCCAAUGACUCGGAGAUACAGGUCUCAAGGAAGUACUCGUCCUGACAGAUCUCCAGCUAUUGAAGGAAUAAUACAACAGAUCUUUGCAGGAUUCUUUGCAAAUUCUGCAAUUCCUGGAACCCCACUCCCUCUUUCUUGGAGCGGAAUGCUGCACUCCAACCCUGGGGACUAUGCCUGGGGUCAGACAGGGCUUGAUGCCAUUGUAACCCAGCUUUUAGGACAACUGGAAAACACAGGACCUCCACCAGCUGACAAGGAAAAAAUCACAUCUCUUCCAACAGUGACAGUAACUCAGGAACAAGUUGAUAUGGGUUUAGAAUGUCCAGUAUGCAAAGAAGAUUACACAGUUGAAGAGAAAGUCCGACAGUUACCCUGCAAUCAUUUCUUUCACAGCAGUUGCAUUGUGCCGUGGUUAGAACUGCAUGACACAUGUCCUGUAUGUAGGAAGAGCUUAAAUGGUGAGGACUCUACUCGGCAAACCCAGAGCUCUGAGGCCUCUGCAAGCAACAGAUUUAGCAGUGACAGUCAGCUACACGACCGAUGGACUUUCUGAAACUAAAGAUCACACCUGAACCAGGGCUGUCUGUGGUAGUCUUCUUACCAUAGUUGUAAAUUCUAUCAAAACAAAAAAAUAGUAGAUGGAUUUAGGAAUCACCCCCAACCCAUAAUAUUAAUGCAAUGAGUGUUUUUCUUCUCUAAAUUUAAAGUUAGUAUUUACUAACUUGGAAUUGUAUCUACAACCAAAUGCUUCUUAUUCCUGAAUUCAGAGUGAUAAUUUUUUUUAAGUGCGAAACUUAACUAUGUGGGUUUGCCCCUGCCUGAAUAGAAUCAGUUCCUUGAAGUCUAACUAGGGUCCUGCUAUCUGUCAUGUUGCCUUGUAAUAGAUAUUUCCACUUCCUUCUCAGCCUCAUACCCCGCCAUUAGUAUGUUUUACGUAAAUACAGAGGAACCAGAGCCCUAAAGUCCUGCUGACAUACAGUUCUAUUGUCUAUUGUACAAAAGCAUCUACUUUUGACCACAUUAGCAAUGAGGUGAUGUCAGGUUAACUCAGGAAUCUGAGACUAAUGAUUUUGUUUUGUUUUGAUCCUCAAAGAGCAAAUCAAAGAAAAAUUACGGUGGAAAGGAAAAAGUAACCUAUCAUAUACUUUAGUUUUCACAUUUUAAUUUUUAAAGACUGCUUAGUAGGUGCAGUUUCCCUAGAAAUGUGGCAUGUCUUGAGAAUCUUGUGUUGGUAGGAGUCUGAUUCUGGUUCCUUUUUGGGAAUGAGUUGGGCAGCAUGUAGACACAGAAAGACAGAUGUUUAAAAUUUUUUUUUUUUUAAUGAUCCUUAAUUCAUUGUUUACUGUUUGUGUCUUAAGGACCUUAAUAUAAUUUCUCUCAUAGAAAUAUAAUUAUUUCAUACUGCUUCUAUAUCCAGUUCACUGCUUUUGGUAAUUCAUUGCUCUUUAGGAAUUGAGAUUUUACCUGGUCUUUUAAUCUUUAAAGCCCAUUUUUCAUCUUUGAAACUUAUGUUCUGCUUUGAUUCUGGCUAUACUUAGAAUCAAACUGAUUAAUGUGAUCAUGCCCCAAACAACUUGGUCUGGAAGAGGUAGGCCUUACUUUUUAAGGUAGCAGUGUCCCAUACAUGUGCUCUUCAAGUGUUUAAAGUUGAAUAAAUGAAGAAAGAGUGUCAAGAAUGUUGUCCAAACUUCAAAGUCUUAAAAGGACACAGGGGGGACAUAUAACAGCUGUAGUGUAUCAAAAGGUGCAUUAAAAGUGGCACCAUUUAUAGGGCCAUAUCAGUUUUUCAUAGUUUAUAAUGAUCAGAACAAGAUCGCCACUCUUUGGUGAAUCUCUUUCUUGGCUAAGAGCCUUUCCUCAAUUUUUGUUGACUGUCACUGAUUUAGGGGUAAGGGAAGAGGGCUAAAGAUCUCUUUGAACUUUGGUAGAUGAUGGAGUUGGAAAGGGAAGAGAAAAGUGGGAGAGUAGCCUGCUGAACUUUAGCCUGACUCUAAAAGUUGUGACCAGAAGGUAUUUUCAGGUUGAACCCAGAGGGAAUAAAAGAUUUUUUUCUCAUAUGCUUCUCAUA